UAAACUUAAGAGGUCCAGUAGCAGAAAAAGAUGGUCUUCAAAGUAUUGUGUCUCACGGUCCUUGUGUGCGCUCUUGCUCAGGCUGCACGUCAGGCUGACAAAGCCCAUAAAGCCAGCAUUAGCGACGCCAAGGACAUCAAUAGCAAUUUCGGGGAACAAAUAAAAGCUAUUCUCGACGCCAAAUUGAAGUUUUUCGAGAGUUUUCUGAGACCAGGAAAUAAGGGUACCGUUGGAGGAGGAAAUCCACAUUCAGGCGCUGAUCCUGCAGCUCCCAAAUUUACAAAAGACAUGAAAAAGUUAUUAGAGAAGGAUAACCCGGGGGUCGACGAUUUGAUCGGUCUGGAUAUAUAGGAUACGUUAAAGAAGGCAAUUUAUUUAGCAUUCCACGUCUUUGUGAUGUCAUAGGAAAUGAUUGCAUGGGAUUUCGAUGAGG